UUUGUUCUGUAGACGGCAGCCCUAGACCACUGCUCCCGCACGAACUUGCGGCUUUGCGUGGAUUUCAUCGUUUGCCUCUCUUCUUUUGGAGUAGUAUUCCUCGCUUCCGUGUUUUCACCAGUUGGUGGCAUUUUGACGUAGCGAAAUAAAGACAGUUUACAGGCCACUCAGACUCAAAGGUCACAGGUCGCGAUCAGAACAGGAGCAGGAUGUCGGGGUCCCUACCUUUCUACCAGAAACACCAUCGCCACUAUGACCGUGCAUACCGCAGCAAGGAGGUGGAAUCGGCUGUUAGCCAGUACCACCAGUCCAGCAGUUAUGCUGCUCGCAGCAGCAGCAGCAGCAGAAGCAGAGGACUCAAAGCCUCUGCAUAUUCGGGGCUGGAGGAGAGCAGUCUGAGCCCUCUACCCAAAAGAGCCAAGCCAACCUUCCUGGCAGUGGACAAAGAGAACCAAAUCAUCGGCUACGUUGUGCCCCUCUUCAGAGGCAGUCAGGAGUUUGCCAGUGGACUAUCAGACACAGAGGAGACAAGGCUGAAAGAGACUGCGGGAUACCUGGCCAGGAGAGACCUCUUCUCCAGUGAACUGAAACAAGAGAAAGUCCAGCAGACAUCCAGGAGAGUAGCCAUGAGGGAGACAGCAGAGCGCAUCGCUUUAAGCAAGACGAUCCAUGAAAGCGAGGAAUUCCACAAGAAGAUGAAUGAGGACAACCUGUUGCACGCCCCGGAGUUUGUGAUCAAGCCGCGCUCCCACACGGUGUGGGAGAAGCAGUCCGUGAGGCUGCACUGCACAGUGUCGGGAUGGCCGGAGCCCCGGGUGGUGUGGUACAAAAACAAUGUGACUAUUGACCCUCUGGCCCACCCUGGCAAAUAUAAGAUAGAGAGCAGUUACAGCGUGCACUCACUGGAGGUCAACAGAUGUGAUUUUGAUGACACAGCACAGUAUCGUGUGUCUGCCAUGAACACGAAGGGGGAGCUGUCUGCCUUUGCUUCCAUCGUGGUGAAAAGAUUCAAAGGAGAAGUGGACGAGUACCUUCCUUCUCCAAGACAGCAUGGCUUCUGCUCCGAGUACGGAAUCACGUUCGAGACCCACAUCGUGGACACGUUCAACGUGUCCUUCGGCCAGGAGGGGGAGACGCUGAGCCUGGGCUGCACUGUGAUCAUCUACCCCCCGCUGCAGCGCUACCAGCCGGAGGUGCAGUGGUACAGAGACGAUGUUCUCCUGACCCCAUCUAAGUGGAUGCACAUGCACUGGAGCGGAGACCGGGCUACUCUGACCCUCACUCACCUCAACAAGGAGGAUGAGGGCCUCUACACACUGCGCAUUGCCACUAAGUCCGGCUACGAGACCUACUCCGCCUACGUCUUUGUCAGAGAUGCUGAGGCGGAGGUGGAAGGGGCUCCUGCUGCUCCUCUUGACGUGUUCUGCCAGGAUGCGAACAAGGAUUAUGUCAUCGUGACCUGGAAACAGCCAGCAGUUGAUGGCGGUAGCCCCAUCUUGGGUUACUUUGUGGACAGAUGUGAAGUGGGCACCAACCACUGGAGCCAAUGCAACGACACCCCGGUGAAGUUCGCUCGCUUCCCCGUGACGGGGCUGGUGGAAGGGCGCUCCUACAUGUUCCGCGUGCGCGCCGUCAACAAGUCCGGCAUCAGCAGGCCUUCCCGCGCCUCUGAACCCGUGGCCGCCAUGGACCCCGCCGACCGCGCCCGAAUGAGAGGUCACCCCUCAGCACCCUGGACCGGACAGAUUAUUGUUACAGAGGAGGAGCCUGCAGAGGGUGUGGUCCCUGGAAAGCCCUGUGAUCUGGCUGUCACCGAGGCGACCAAGAACUACGUGGUGCUGAGCUGGAAGCCUCCUGGCCAGAGGGGCCAUGAGGGCAUCAUGUAUUACGUGGAAAAGUGUGUGUCGGGCACAGACAGCUGGCAGAGGGUCAACACUGAGAUCCCGGUGAAGUCUCCACGCUUUGCACUGUUUGACCUCGCCGAGGGCAAGUCCUACAGCUUCCGCGUGCGCUGCUGCAACUCGGCCGGGGUCGGGGAGCCCUCCGAUCCCACAGAAGCCACCACUGUCGGGGACAAGCUGGACAUCCCCUCUCCUCCUGGCCGCGUGAUUCCUACCAGGAACACAGAUACAUCGGUGGUGGUGUCCUGGGAGUCAUCUAAGGAGGCCAAGGAACUGGUGGGGUACUACAUCGAGAGCAGCCUGGUGGGCAGCAAAGUCUGGGAGCCCUGUAACAACAAGCCUGUGAAAGGCACCAGGUUUGUGUGCCAUGGCCUCAACACAGGAGACAGCUACACGUUCAGGGUGAGAGCUCUGAAUGCUGCCGGGCUCAGUGAAUGCUCGCAAGAGUCAGAACCCAUUGAGGUCAAGGCCGCCAUUGCGUCACCCGCUCCCCCCUAUGGCAUCACCGUUCUGGAGAGCGUGCGCGACUCCAUGGUGCUGGGCUGGAAGCAGCCCACGUUCAUCGGCGGGGCGGACAUCACCGGCUACUUCGUGGACUACCGGGAGGUCAUCGACGGGGUCCCGGGGAAAUGGCACGAGGCCAACAUCAAGUCAGUCAGCGAAAGGGCGUACAGAGUGGAGGAACUGAAGGAGAACAUGCUGUACCAGUUCCAGGUGCGCGCUGCCAACAUGGCGGGUGUGGGCAUCCCCUCCAUGCCCAGUGACACGUUCAAGUGUGAAGAAUGGACCAUUGCAGUGCCAGGACCUCCCCACGAUCUCCAGGUGUCUGAGGUGCGGAAGGACUCACUGGUGUUGCUGUGGAAGCCUCCAGUGUACCAGGGGCGUGACCCAGUCAAUGGCUUCUACAUCGACAUCAAGGAGGCGGAGGCCGAGGAGGAGGCCUGGAGGAGUGUCAACGAGAAGGCUACUGACAAGAAGUACAUGAAGAUCAAGGGGUUGAAGGAAGGUGUCAACUACGUGUUCCGUGUGCGUGCCCAGAACAAGGCUGGUGUUGGGAAGGCUUCUGAAGCUACUGAGCCCGUCCUGGCCGUGACUCGUCCUGGCACGCACGAGAUUGUUGUGGAUGUUGAUGACGAUGGUGUUAUCUCAAUGAUCUUCGAGUGUUCCGAAAUGACUAAAGACUCACAAUUUGUGUGGUCCAAAAAUUACGAGGAAAUAACUGAUUCUUCUCGCCUUACUAUGGAGACCAAAGGGGGCAAUUCAAGAGCCAUCUUUAACUCACCAUCCGAGGAUGACCUGGGCAUUUAUUCUUGCAUUGUCACCCACACUGAAGGUGCUUCUGCCAGCUAUACCCUAAAUGAAGAUGAACUGAAGAAACUGCUACAGCUCAGCCAUGACCACAAGUUCCCCAUUAUCCCUCUCAAGUCGGAGCUGGCUGUGGAACUGCUGGAGAAGGGCAGGGUGCGAUUCUGGCUGCAGGCCGAGAAGAUGUCCGCCAAUGGCAAAGUGGAUUAUGUUUUCAAUGAUAAUAUUAUCUCCCAGGGAGAGAAAUACAAGAUGAACUUUGACAGAAACACCGGCAUCAUUGAGAUGUUCAUGGAGUCGCUGACAGUAACGGACGAGGGCACUUACACCUUCCAGCUGCAGGAUGGGAAAGCCACCAACCAGUCCAGCCUGGUGCUGAUUGGAGAGGUGUUCAAGGACCUACAGAAGCAGUCUGAGUUCCAGAGAAAAGAAUGGUUCAGAAAACAAGGUCCCCACUUUGUGGAAUACCUCAGUUAUGAGGUUACCACAGAUUGCAUUGUGCAGUUAAAAUGCAAGGUGGGAAAUAUCAAGAAGGAGACCAUGGCAUUGUGGUACAAGGAUGGGCGGGAAAUCAAAGUGGACGAGAAGCUCUCCUUCACAGAGGGCGUGCUAACGCUGGAGAUCUCCCAGAUUUCAAAGAAAGAUUCUGGUGUUUAUGAAGUCGUGCUGAAGGAUGACAGAGGAAAGGACACGUCUAAGCUGGAUCUGACAAGCGAAGGGUUCAAGGAAUUGAUGAAUAAAGUAUUCAGUGUCAUUGCAAACUCCUCCACACCACUGAAGAUCCAAAGCACAGACGAGGGCAUCAGAAUCUACACCUUCGUCAACUACUACAAUGAUGAACUCCUUGUAACCUGGCAAUACAAAGAUGCAGCAAUCAUUUUCACGGAUAGGAUUAAGAGUGGUGUUGUAGGGGAGCAGCUGUGGCUUCAGAUCAACGAACCCACAGAGAAGGACAAGGGCAAAUACUCCAUCGAGUUCUUCGAUGGGAAGGGCGGGCUGAAGAGAACCAUAGAACUGUCUGGACACGCUUUUGAUGACGCUUACGCAGAAUUCCAGAGGCUUAAAGCGGCUGCGAUCGCAGAAAGAAACCGUGCUCGUGUGGCAGGAGGCCUGCCCGACGUUGUCACAAUCCAGGAGGGCAAGUCCCUGAACCUCACCUGCAACAUCUCGGGUGACCCCGUGCCCGAGGUGACCUGGCUGAAGAAUGAGAGGGAGAUGGUGUCGGACGACCACUACGUCCUCAAGUUUGAGCAGGGCAAGUUCGCCAGCUUCACCAUCACCACCGUCAGCACAGCCGACUCUGGCAAGUACAGCAUCCUGGUGAAGAACAAGUACGGCACAGAGAGUGGAGACUUCACCGUAAGUGUCUUCAUCCCAGACGAGGAGCAGGUGAAGGCUGACAAAAAGAAAAAAUAAGGGCAACUUUACAUAUUUAAUAGCUAUAGAAAUUAUAAUGCAAAAACAAUUUGAAGUUCUGAUUUGAAAUAUUGCCAGGGUGGUUUGCAAAAUGUUUUACUCUAGUCCCCAGACUGAGUGACCUUUCUCUGGGAGCAAAAAGAAUUUUUUUUGGAAUAUUUGCUGUUGUUCAGAAAUUUUUGGGGAAGGACCCAAGAUCUUAUACUGGGGUAAAAAGCUUUGAGCUCUCCUGCUCUAAAACAUAACUGACCCUAACGGUAAUACAAAUACAACGUACCCCUGCGUUUUACCCUUUUUGUUCCCUAAUGUUCCCUAAUCAGUAAUAUGGUGUAGUCUCUUUGGCAAGUAGUGCAGAGUAAUCUUUAAGUGCUUCAGCGUUAGUCGUGUCCUCAGCUGUGGUUUUCUAUUGACUCAGAUGACAAAAUGAAACAGAGAUACCACAGGUCUAACAACACCUUUAUGACAAUGUUAUAAGUUACACCAGUCUGUGAAUUACUUGCCAAUGUACAGUAGGUUCCUGCUAUAACUAGAGGAAUAUUGAUGCUUUUGGUCCUUCAUCAUGCAAACAUUUACCUUUUAGUGUGUUUUGUGUUCAGUGCUAGGAAAAAAAAAUACUUCAGGAAAACCUAUAGUAACGAUAAUAUGAUUAAACAUUAAGUUUUAAGUAUACCAAAAUUUAUCAAGAUGUAUGUCCAUACAGCAUUAUUUUUAAUUCGUGAUUCACAUUUUCCCCAAAGGACUUUUCAUUUUUAGCUACAGAAAUGGUACUGUAGGAUCUUGUGACAGAGUCCCUUUGACCCAUUCACAAUGCAGCAUAUUUCAACCUGGUGCUUGUCUCCAAAAAUACCUCUGCAGUAUUUUACAUAGUGCAGCAUAUGCAGUGUCACCCGGUACCCCAAUAUGCUCCAUAACCUACAGAGACCUUCAUUUUAAUCACCUGAGAAAAAGCUAUACAAUACAAUGUGGGCAACACGCAAAGGGGUGAAUCAAGAGUGUAGAUGAGGAGCAAGUCUUUCAAUGUUGUGAAUUUCUUUUUUUGGUUAAGGUGAACCCUUGAUUUGCUUAUUGCUCAUUGAAAAAUCAAGCUUUGUCCUCUGUAAUAGCUGAAAAGCUGGAAGCCAAGUGCCAACUGGGAAGAUAAGAGAAUGUACAUUGUGGUCCUUGUUUCCUGUAGAGUGGAAUUAAAUGAACCCAUUGUCUUGUAUGUGUGCCUCACUUCAUUCCCGGUCAAACAGUAAUGCACUUCCUUUGUCACUGUCCCUCUGGUGCCCCUUGUCAAUUGACUAAUAAACAGUGCACACGUUCCUUCA